AUGCGCGGGGGCGGCAACACCGGCACCAGCAGCCUCUCGGUGGUGUCGCCCACGUCGAGCCACAGCGAGGAGGUUGCGUUCCAGCAGCAGCUGUCGCUGGAGGCCGAGUCCCGGGCGGCUGCGGCCGCCCCGCCCCUCUCCGCGAGACCCAGCGGGGUGGUUGCUAGUAACAACAAUGGAAGCCCGUCUGGCGGGCGCUUCGGUCUCAAGCUCCUCGUCUCGAACAGCAUGGCCGGCACCCUCAUCGGCAAGGGAGGCACGCGCAUCUGCGAGAUCAAGGAUGAGUGCCUCGCCGACAUCAAGGUCACGCCCAAUGGCCGUUUCUACCCGGGGACUCAUGAGCGCGUUGUCCUCGUGGUUGGGGAGCCCGGCAGCGUCCAGAUGGCCUGCGACCGCAUCGUCACCACCAUUUACACCGCCGCGGACACCAGCCUGGACAUCACGCAGAGGGUGCUAAUCCCCGACGCCGCCAGCGGUCUCAUCAUCGGCCAUGACGGCGUGCGCCUCGGAGACUUGCGCCAGCAGGCCGGCGUUGCCUCCAUCCAGGUGUCCCCCAGGGACAUGUGCACCGUGGCGGGAGAGCGCGUCGUGACCCUCCAGGGCCCAAUGUCCUCCGUCAUCCAUGGGCUGACCCUCAUCGUCGACCGCAUGAUGGAGGACACGACCGCCUCCCGCUACCAGAACAUGAGCACCAUCUACCGUGCCGUCCACCUGCACCUGCCCCCCUAUGCCGUUCCGGGGAUGCAGCAGCAGCAGCAGCAGCAGCAGCAUGACAACGGGGCCUCCCCUCGCCACCCCAACCACCCCCGCCUGUCCCCGUCUUACCGUGGGCCUUCCCCCCACAGCCAUCACGACGACUACCACAGCCCCGGCGGCGUCGCGGGGUCCAGAACAGGAAACCGCGGCGACUACGGCAAGGCCGUCAGCGGUGCGGCGGCCCACUGGGAGCUGGGAUACGGGGGAGGGAACCACACUCCGCGGGAGCUGGCCCCUCAUGGGGGGGGCGGACGCGGCGGCGCAGGAGGGGGGGGGGAGUACGUCCACCGCAACAUGUCCAUGCCGACCGUGCACCCGCUGUCGGCGCCGCUCGGGAGCCCGCUGAGCCACCAGCACCGCAGCCACACCGCCCCCGCGGCCGUUACCGGCUCGUCGCAGCACUUCGGCGGGAGACACCCCCGCCAGGAGCACGGCGCAGGCAGCGCGGGCGCCGCCGGCCCGCGGGACUUCGACUUUAGCGAGAGGGACACCAGCAAGGUGCACCGUGGGGGAGGGGCGGGACCGAUCGACCUGGACGACUACCGCCUUCGCGAGUACGAUUCCCCUUCCCCGGCCGACCUGGGCAGCCGGCCCGGCAGCCGGGAGGGCUACGUGCACCACUCGCCGCACCUCCCUGGGCCUUCGCCGCGGGACCUGGACCACAUGCGCCAGCAGCAGCAGCAGCAGCAACACAGCCAUGACGGGGGCCGCGGGUUCAGCCGCGUGGGCGGUAGCAGCCCUUACCCGCCUGGGUCCGCUGCGUCUCAGUCUGACUUAUGGCCGCUCCAGCGGGUACGCCAGCAGCAGCAGGAGUCGUCACCGGGCGCUAGCGGCAUCCUGGUGCACGAGGCACGCGCGGCGGCGGCGGCUCAGCACAAGCAGCAGCAGCAGCAGCAGCACCGGGGUCUCCACGACGGAGGCCUGCCAUCCUCCUCGGCGCUUCACCGCACGUCCUCGGGAUCGGUACACGGCAGCGGCGGCGGCAGCAGCGGGUUGGUAAGCCCGCCCCACGGCGGAGCUCUCCGUCAGGGCGGAAUGGUCGGCGGCAGCAGCAGCUCGCACGGGUGCGACGCCUCCGGCCUCUCCGGCAUGUUCGAGGGCAUGAACCUUAACUCUCCCCCGGGGCUCGCUCCCCCGCCGACGUGCUCGCCGGGAUCUCUGCAGCAGAAGCAGCAGCAGGGGCAAAGCAGCGGGGCCAGCGGCGGUGGGGCCGGGUGCAUCGUCCAUGGCGAGCUUCCGGUGCCGGAUGCGGACGUGGGGAUCAUCCUGGGCAAGGGCGGGGCCACCGUGCGCGAGCUCCAGCAGCUGAGCGGGGCGAAGAUCAUGAUCGCCCGCCGAAAUGAGUUCAUGCCGGGCACCAAGCACCGCCUUGUCACGCUUGCGGGAGCACCUUUGGCGGUGAACAUGGCGCGCUUCCUGAUCAUGCGCAAGAUCCAGACAGAGAAGGAGAAGCUGUGAGCUAUCUACGUUUAGGCGAGGACCAGCAGUGUUACCACCGAGACCAUGCCCCCCCCCCCCAACGCCGCGGGAGUGUGUGCCUGCGCGUACAUGUGUGUGUCUUGUGAGAUGGAUGAAAGAGUUUUUUUUUUUUCAAAAUGAGACGUGGGGGCUGUGGCCUCCCAAGGCGUGGAGCUUUUAAAACCCCCGGUGUUUUGCGUGCGUGUGCGUUGUUGCCGCGCCCUUUUUGUUCCACCACCACCGAGAUGGCGUGUAUUUGUGUUGAUUUGAUCGGGGGAUGGUGGCCUGAGGCGAUUCACAGCCGGGGAAUGAGUGUUUUGCGUUCAGUUCUGUGAACGGGGGGGGUUCAAGAGACAGUGGACCAGUCGACUGCCUUGCCCUCUCCGGAGAUGCACGUCAAGUUGGUUGUGAUGAUGCCGUUGAAUCGAAAAUCGAGGGGUGUCGGCCACGCGGCGCUUGACAUCCAUCACGGGUGCGGAUAGGGAGAGCGAAGGGUCGCGGGGCGAACAGCUGUCGGAAUCGAGUUAUUUGUACCGGCUACCAUCCAGUCACGCUAAGAAGAGCGGAGUUCCAAUCCGUCGUUAGCCUUUGCAAAAGGGAAGGCGGUAUAGCAAACCGAUUGAAGAAAUAGGCAUAACAGGCGCCCUGGGUGUCCGACGCUGACAGCAGUGUCAUCGAACCUACUUGUAAUUUGUGUUUCCUUUGUUCCUUUCUCCGGAUCUGGGGGAGGUGGGGGAGUCUUUUGCGGGGGGGACUGCGAUGUGGGAUUGCAGUAUGUGCUCCUUGUUGCGCGCGGCAUUUGGAGAGGAGGCCUGUGUCUCCCUCGCGAAGAAGGCCGCUCUCUUAUACCUUCUCCAGUCUGUGUCUGAUUUAGCAAACGGAUGCUUUUCACUCCGGAGAAUGAAAAAGGAGGGUGCCGCACACCGUUUUUUUCCGUUCCUUGGUUCUUUUUUUUUUGUGUGCUUGUCUGCCACCACUAUUUUUUACACAACCGGAUGUUGUCGCCGCGAGCCUGAAAAUAUGGCGCGAUAAGCUUGUGGAACGCCGGUGUUGAAUAGGAUAGAGAGACCCCGUGUUGGUGUGUCGCAUGCCCCUUUUCUGCUCAAGCGGGGCAGGGCGCCUGGCCUGCCUGGCGCAUUGGAGGGGGUCCCCUUAGGGGUUGUCGCGCCUACCCGGUUGGCGAUUAGAUGGGUUUGUCUUGCCUGCUUGUUGGGACGGGACAGUUCGUUCAGUUAGGGUCGUGAUAGCGCGAGGUGUCGGGUCACCUUCUGUAAGUUUUUUUCUGGGACUGGGGGGGGGGUUGGUAGUGUGGGGUCGUCGUUACGAUCUGUCGCGUCGUGUGCCCCCCCCCCCCCCCCCCUUCCUCCGCACUCGUGUUGUUUGGGGUACCUGGUCUCUUUUGCUUGCUUAUCAUGUAACGACUUGUUGCAUGUUAUUUUUCUCCAUUUUAUGGCGUUGUCAUGUACUACAACUAUUGUCGUAUCUUAAGAGUUGGCGUCGCCGUUGCGGGUCGUCUUUUGUGUUUGGUAGCCCCCCCUCGCUCCUUCCCGGUUGCCCGCUGUACCCCUUGAUGUAGCAGUCACCGAGUCCUUUUUUGUUUUUGUUUCUGCAGUGUGUUGACUCUAAAUCGCCCGCUGUGGGUUACAAGAUGGGACGGAGAGUGGGCGCUUUGUUGGUGUUUCCACGGGUUUCGAGAAGAACAGAGAGGGGGGGGGGGAACAAGAAAAAAAAUGGUACGAGGGAGGGGGGAAGUAGGACAGGACAGAAGAGGAACCAGUAAUCCAAAAGAGUGCUGUGGGUUCGGUGCUACGUGCUGUCAGAGUUCCCUCCCAGCCGCAGUAGUGCGUUGUGUUGUGUCUGGUACUACAUGUCAGGUUCCUUUCCUAACUCUAUAUACAUACGUAUAAUAUGAUGUGCGCGGUCAACAAGUAGUGUCACUGUAAUGUUUUCUUUUUUUAUUUUUGGCAAAAGGUGUAUUCUAGAAGAGAAACAAAACGGUUGCCCCGCCUCGCCAGCCACGCCAUCCGGAGCACUCUUUAGUUGUUUUGUUCCAAGAGGCAGCUCCUUUCAAAGUGUUCAAGUGGUAGAGGAGUCUCCCUGUCUCCCCCAGUCGAAGAAGAAAAUUCUUGGAAACUUCUUGAAAGUUGCGUGUGGCGUGUGCUCGACCCUGGAUCGUGGGGGGGCGUGUUCUCCUCCUUCCCAAGUAGUGCGUUGUGACGAGGGCGGUAGGGAACGGAGCGAUUAGGGAAAAGUGACGUCGAGAUCGAGAUCCCAUCGUAAGUAGUGUUGUUCACUUUAUUUUUCUUUUGUUGUUGGGUUAUCUGCAUCUUCGUGGCGCGAUAUCCGUGCGUACAUACACACCUUCAUGUGCCUGCGUUGUGUGUCUAUGAGCACGAAUUUGUUGACGUUGGAUUGGCCUGAUGCCGCCGCCGCUGCUGCUGCUUCUGCUGCUGCCGCCGCUACCCUGGGCGGGGUGGGGUGGGGUGUUUCUGAUACUGGUUUGUAUUUUUUCCCGUGUUUGCUGAAGAGUGUUGUCUGUCACAUGGAAAACAAUGGCCGCGUGCUGCCACCACUCUCGUUCUCUCUGGUGGUCUUCGAGCCGCAUCGUAGUCAGUUCUUUGUUUGUUUUCCUGUUUGGCUUGUCUGUCUUAUCUGUCUUGUCUGGCGAGACCUCAUGCAUGUUUGUUCCCUCGUUUGGGUGGUGAUCUUCCCCGCGGCUUGCCUCUCUCCUCAUCCUCCUCGUGUUUCUCCCGGGGGGUGUUGUAGCGGCGUGUUGCCAUGUAUGGACGAUAAUAAUACCGAGCGAUAUACAGGGACAUUGGGUGAUCCGUAGCCGAGGGCAUUUCUUCCUACGACGUCGCGUCGCGUCUUGGGGUGUUCGUUGGGUCAACUGGGUAGACAGGGUGGUGUAGUAGUGGAGAAAUUGGCGGGGCACGGAGCUUCCGCACGGCGGGGGCACCGUUGAUGAUCAAUACAGCGCCAAGGGGGCUUUCGUGUACGAAGAAGGUAGAGGCAGGGAGCAGCGAACGAGCAGUAUCGUGCACGAGCCCUUGUUUUUCUUUAUAUUUGUUUGCCCUUGGCCGGUGCGGCUAUCUAUCAUCAUAUUGUCUUUGCCGUGUUCGACGUUCUGUCUGUCUUGGUCUUCUAAAGUGCAAUAAAAAAUGGUAGAGAACAUUGUUAACACCCGGGGCGUGGUGUGAGGUGAAGAAAGAGGUCAGGAUUUUUUUAGGGUUCUUUUUAUUUUGAGUUUUAUUUCUGAUGGAACAGCAUCAUCUUUAUUGUGCUACACCUACAUUACCGCACAGCAGCCGCAGCAGUAGUAGUAUAGAAAAACAAGGGAGGUUGGAGGGUUCACAGUUAGUAGUGUGUUCGUUCAUGGACAACGAGGCGGGAGGCGAAGUGCGGUGACCGCUGUCGUGUGCCUGAUCGAGUUAAAUGGCCGUGUGUACCGUUUUCAUUCCCCUUACAGGGGGAAAGAACAACGAAUGGCGUA